AAACCGCUCCUGGUGUUCGAACUAGUCAUUAAUGGUCGGCUUCAUUGGUAUCCUUUUAGUAUGCGUUGCGAACACUUUCAUUUUUAGCGUCUCAUCUUAUCUAGAGAAGCGAAACUCGAACGGAUAGAGCAGAUGGUCCAACUACAUAACUUUUUCUUUUUCAUUACUUCUAUGGUCGUGCCUCGUGGCACGGCAGCACCCUUACUAUUGAAAUGGUUCGUCAGUAGAGAUGUUCCCACAGGUGCCCCUUUUUCCAAUGGGACUAUAAUUCCUAUUCUUAUCCCUUCAUUCCCUCUUUUGGUCUAUCUACAUUCCAGGAAAUUCAUACGCUCCAUGGACGGAGCAAAAAGUGGAGUCUUGGUCAGAGCAAGCCGCCCUAUUCUAUUACCAGACAUAAUUGGGAGAAGCUCAUCCGAAACUAGAGCUGGAAACGCCUCAUUUCGUUUCGUUCCCGUUCUUCAUUUCCUUCUUAUCGAAUCCAAGGGGGACUUCUCAUAUUUAGAAUCUUUCUGCGGUGUGCUCUGUUUACUAUUCUUUCGUACUCUCUUCUCUUUACCACGCGAUAGGUCAGCAAAGCGUGAGCGGGCGCGGAGAAGGAUACACCAAAGACUUAGGCCUAACCCUAACGGGAAUGAGCAACAACGAAAUGACAAGAUGGGGUGCUCCGGGCACCCCCAUUUAGAAAGAAGGGUCGAAGGUUUUGGGCCUGUAGCUUUCCCCGUCCCCCCUUCGUCGGGUGGUGCUUGUGUGGGGGGUGUGCCACCUGAACCUGAAAUCGGGCUUGAAGCUCUCGCCUUACCAACGAGCCGACAGCUGAUGGCUGUUGGUCACGACUACCACCAAAAAGCUCCAAUGAAGAUGAAUAUUUCACAUUUUGGAGUGUGCAUCUGUAUGUUGGGUGUUCUUCUGUCUAACACAAAGAAGAUACAGUUCACUCAACGAUUGCCUUUGGGUUCCGAACUCCAUAUGGGGAAGGAGCGUUGUUGUUUCCGAGGUCUCGAUCAUUUACAUGGACCCACUUCUCAUUCCAUUUGUGGGAAUUUGAUGAUCUAUAAACCGUCCCUAACGAACGAUCGCCUCAUGUUUGAGCAUGAUGAAUCACUUCGUGCCGACCUGUUGCCAAUAAACUUUCCGGCCUCAUAUGAGAAUGGAAAACUGGAUAAUUUUCUGCAUCGGUGGAUGAAGAAUAGCGAAAAUAAUAAUUUAUGGUUGACCAUGUUCCCAGAAAAAAGAUACUUUAGAGAAACAACGAGCACGACUGAAGUGGCUAUACAUACAAAUCCAUUUACGGAUAGAUAUGCUUCGAUUGGAACUGGAAGUUCCAGAACAGGCGGCUGGUAUACCACCAUAAUUAAACUGCCUUUUAUUUUUUUUAUUCGGAUAGGAUUUAUGUUGGCUUCGUCGGGAGGCUCGCGUAGUUUGUUACGUCAGCUCCAAAAGGAUAAGUUGCGUUGGAAUCGAGAAAGUUCCGUGGAAUUCUUAAUUGCAUUAAAAAAAUCAAAGGAGUCUUCAACCCUCUCAAUCAAUAGAGGCUAGAUCGGACUAAGGAGAGAGACGGUUGAGUACGGAAGCGAAAACGGAGGGAGUGUGAGAUA